AUGGCCACAAAAACGGUUAAGCUGCCCUGGGAGAAAUGGAUAUUUUUGGCCUCUGUGUGGGAGGAGAGCAAAGAAUUGGGGGCCCUGGGGCUGGGACUGUGCCCAUCCAGCCUUGGAGAAUGGGGAGGUCCCAGUCCUGUGCUCAGGGACCAGCCCCCACCUUACCUGGCAGAGACACAGAGGCAGGCCUGGGAGCAGAGGGAGCCGGGGCCUCGGGCCACCAUGCUGUUGUGCCGACUCUGGGCAGCCACCUUCAAGGCCCUGCUGGCUGAGUUCCUGGCCACCGGGCUGUACGUGUUCUUCGGCGUGGGCUCAGCUCUGCACUGGCCCUCGGCCCUCCCCUCCGUGCUGCAGAUCGCCAUCACCUUCAACCUGGCCACGGCCAUGGCCGUGCAGGUCACAUGGAAGCUCAGCGGAGCCCACGUCAACCCUGCCGUGACACUGGCCUUCCUCGUGGCUUCCCAGAUCUCCCUGCCUCGAGCUGUGGCCUAUGUGGCUGCCCAGCUUGCAGGGGCUACUGCGGGGGCUGCUCUGCUUUACGGGGUCACGCCGGGAGACGUCCGAGGGGCCCUUGGGACCAACGUGGUCCGGAAUGACGUCUCGGCCGGCCAGGCUGUGGCUGUGGAGCUGAUCCUGACUCUGCAGCUGGUGCUGUGUGUCUUCGCUUCCACCGAUAAUCGUCAGGCACCAAGCUCCCCUGCUGUCAUACUUGGGAUCUCAGUGGGACUGGGCCAUCUUGUUGGGAUCUACUUCACUGGCUGCUCCAUGAACCCUGCCCGCUCCUUUGGGCCCGCUGUCAUCGUUGGCAAGUUCACAGUUCACUGGAUCUUCUGGGUGGGACCAUUGACAGGGGCUGUCCUGGCUUCGCUGAUCUACAACUUCAUCCUGUUCCCUGACACAAAGACCUUGGCCCAGCGACUGGCCAUUCUCACGGGCACUGCGGAAGAGGAGAACAUGAUGGAGGUAGACAGCCAGAAGGAGUCCCAGUCUAGUCCCGAGGACACAGAGAUGGAGAAAUCCAGUGUGCUGAAAGACUAA